UGACUGCCUACAGUUCACUUUAGGCUCAGGUCAGAUACCCCUUUCUCAACCUGUCAGUCCAUCCACCUGGCCGCUUCCUUUUCUCCACGCAGCAAUGAGGACCACUGUGAACGCUGUUGUCAUGGUGAUGUUGUGUGCCGUGAUGGUGCAAGCAGACGUGAAGCCCCAGAGAGAUUUCAAUCUGCAGAAGUUUGCAGGGAAAUGGUACCGGGUGGGCCUUGCCUAUGACUCUCCGAGCUUUGUCCCCUAUAGAGACAAAGUGAAGGCCUCCAUGGGCAUCAUCACAGCACUGCCAAACGGCAAUGCUAACCUCACAAUGUGGGACGCCACACCUUUGGGUUGUCUGAGUAAAGUGUACCAGUAUGAGAAGACCAACGUCCCUGGACAGUUCACCUACUUCAGCACACGCCAUAACAUGGUGAAGGACAUCACAGUGGUCGAAACAAAUUACACUGAUUACGCUUUGGUUCUAAAACACAAGGUGUUUAACAGAGAGUACACACAGGUGGCGCUUUAUGGUCGCUCUCUAAGCCUCAGAAUUAAUAUAAUUAACAAGUUUAAAGCCUUUGCCUUGUCCCAGGGUUUCCCCAGAGAUUCUAUUCUGACUCCACCUCCUGCAGAAAAUUGCCAACAAUCAGGAUCUGGACGUUAGGUUCCCUGAUGUACCUGAGAUGAGGGUACCAACGUAUUCUGAUUUUGCAUUUAAGAACUACAAAAAAUCUUUCAGCAAACAUCAUCAUUCUGGCUACAAAGAUGAUAAAUUGCUAAUAUUACUGAUGAAAUGUACUCUUCCUCCUCUUGUAUGUAGUGGUUUUCAUCCUGUGCUGUCGUAGUUAAAUAAACAAUAUUAACCUCCUGAAUAUAAAUUGUAUUGUUUCACCGUUGACUUUAAUAACCAAUAUUAAUCUCCAUUUUUGAGCGUGUGAAUAAUCUAUAGUUUGUCUGUUGCACACUGCAAGUAGUGUAGUUCACAUAUGAACACCAGGGGGCAGAUGCUAUACAUCACCACACAUCAAUGUGUUUCUGCUGUGACCUCAUUGCUCUCUGAUGUGCUAUCUAUUGCUAGCUAAUAAUAAAGACAGCUAUGUAACCCAAUGUCAUACAGCCUAUAAUGCACAUAUGAUGAUCAGGAUACUGUGAGAACCUAGAUUAAAGCCACAAUAUGUAGAAUUAAGAGAAUGUUCCCUUUGGUACCCCCUGUGUUAGUUUCAUAAAAGACAGGCAGAUGGAAAGACAGCUGUUAAAUUCUCACUUGUAUUGAUUGGUUGUUUGUUUAGCUUCAGAUUCUGAAGUCCAGGGCUGAUUGCUGAUUAUACACACUGUCACAUGGACACACACCCACACGCUAAGA